GUCAAAUAAAAUUUGUUGCUUGCCGUGCCGGGUGAAUGUGAAAAAAUAUUUACUUACUUGGUUGGUUGGUAUUCUGCGCGGGUGGUCAGUCUUUCAUACACGACCUCCAGGUCGAUACCUUGCAUUGGAUUAUAACGAUCAUUUCAAAUUCUGCAACAGCCAUGGAUGAUACUUUAUUGCCUCCAUCGCCCAACUGGUUUCAAGUUUCCGUUUUAGCGGUUAGCAACGAUGGGUGGAUGGUGUACGGCGGUCCUACCAAGAGUCUUUGUGCUUUGCAGCCUCUAUCUGCUGAGGACAAGACCUUGAUAGAGGGUAAAAGAUACAAAGCACAUGUCCUCAACAGAGCCUGUGGAGAGAGGAUCAUAAGUGUGGAUAUUUCACCGGAAUGGCCACAAACACGCACUGUACUGACUGGCAGUGCCAGUGGUGCUGUUAAACUGUGGAGCUUGGAGCCUCUACUUGAGUCAAAAACAUUCAAAUUAUUGCUAAGUCAUGAUGUACAUCGUAGCGACAAGGAGGAAAUAGCUGGUGUUGGAUUCUCAAAUGAAACAACCGCCAUCACAGUUGGUGGUAACGGAAGUAUUGUGAAAUGGAACCUGGUUUCAAAUAUUGUGAAGACAUUCCAUCAUAUCAGACAAUUCAGGCCAAUUUGCAUGUCCUGUUCACCACAUUUACCGCUGCAUGUGGCUGUAGGAACUAAACAGGGAGUUGUCAUUUUAUUAGAUUUAAACGGGCCGGGUAGAAUUGUAUACAAAGUCCGUGGUCAAGAUGAUGAAAUCACAAAUCUUAGCUGGUGUCCUAAAUAUGAUCUAUCACUCAAAAAGACACUCAACGAGUCAGAGAAAAGGCUUAGUCUCAAGAGUCGUGUACUGGAGAAUGAGUCGGUAAAUGAAAAUUUGGAAGCAUCAGGUAUAGGGAAGAACCUGCCUGAUGACAGCUUUGAUGAGUCAGCUGCUACACAAGAAGAUGAGAUGUUUGACAUCUACAAGGACCAUGAGGCUGACGAGUUUGGCCAUAAGAAGUAUCAGUCAGAAGAUAUAUACGUAAAAGUUGCUUCUGAAGAUAAAGAGGACGACUAUUUAGCUGAAUGUAUUAAACUGAAAGAGGAGAUAUUAAAGAAGAAGGCUGAAAGCGAAACUGCUAUACAGUCUUUGGUAGAUGCUAUUGAAAACACUCAUGUAGAUAGAGAGAAGGCUUCUACAUCAACUGAUACUGCACAACCUGAUGGUAGCACCAGUGAUAAGCCUGGUGAUAAUACAGAAGAAUCCGAUGUUGAUAAAAAAAAGACAGUAAAAAAGACAGUUGAGGCCAGUGAACAUGUCCAUAAACAUUUAUUGGCCACUAUUGGUAAACAUGGAAGCAUUCGUGUAUGGUCUAAGGCUGGAAAACUGGUGGGCAGCUGUGUUGUCCCCAGUUUCCCCAGCAAAAACCAGAAGGUUAAGCUGUUGCCUUCUUACCCCACAUUAUUAUGGUACAAACCAGAUUUAUUAAUCAUAGCAGAUGGAAAGAAUCAGCUACUACAAUGUGAUCCACUUAAAAUUGACUGUAAGAACAAAUUGGAUUGGGGUUUAGUCCAUGGAUAUCACAAGCGCUCAAUAUACUCGCUCUCGUCGAACGCUCCUCGAGUGCAGACGGGGUCGGAGUCCGAUGAGGAUUGGGUGGUGUAUACCAACUCGCAGGAUCGCUACAUCAUCCAGUAUUCCAUGCACAGCAAGCAGAAAGUGGCUCAGCAUGCCACGUCUGGCGGCUUCGUGUAUACUGUGGCAUCGUGCCCUUACGACGCGUCCAAAGUGGCUAUAAGCAUCGGCGAUGGGUGUGUCAGGAUCUGGGAAACCAGCACUUUGGAGAAUGAUGACAUGAAGUUGAGCCCUGGACAUGUGUCGACGUACUGGCAGAAUGUCCAGGGCAAAGUGCUGACUGUCGCAUGGCAUCCAACUCGGGAAAAUUUGGUGGCUUUUGGAACCGCCGAAUCGAGGAUCGGUCUACUCGACACCAGCGGCAAAUGCGAGAAGGCCGCUCGUACGUUCAUACCCGCGCUUAGUGGCGCCAUCUACUCGAUCAGCUGGGGCGAGGGCAACGACCUGUACGCUUGCGCGGGCGGCGACCUCGUCAUAUACCACGCGAACAAGCCUGAUGAAGCGCCAAGUCCCAUGAGCGUGAUGGUGGAAGGCAAGCAGAUGGAGGUGAGCUUCGUGCGUUGGCUGCCGCAUGCAAUGGUGUGUGGUAGCAAUACGGGCUGUGUGGCCGUGCUGUCUCCGCGCGCGCCUUAUGACGUGCAAGCCGCACACCUGGCGUUCAGUAAAAUGAUACACACUGUGGACUGGCAUCCACAUCAGACAUCGAACUCGAGUCAAGAUUCUCCCUACAAAAAUCUGAUUGCAGUGUGUUCUGUGGAGAAACACGGCAAAAUUGUUAUCUUGGAAUACACAGAUAAAGAAGAUGGCAGUAAACAGCUGCAGACUUAUAAAACGUUGGAGGGCCACAAAAUGCCAGUGUUGCAAAUUAUGUGGAACCCGCAUGUGGAAGCUCGAUUACUAUCCACUUGUCAAGACGGCACAGUGAGGGUAUGGGACGUGGUCACCGCCGCCUGCGUGUCGAUAUUCGAGGGCCACACAGCUAACACGCUGGGCGCGUGUUGGUCCGCCUUCCCACAACUGCCGACACUAGUGAUGUCCGGCGGCGGCGAUUGUACACUGCGCGUCUGGGACGCUGCCGACUAUCCAGCAGAAGAAUACAAGGGUCAUAACCUAGAAUUGAUACCCAAAAAGAUCAACAAUAAAAGUAGCAAAAAUAAGAAAGAAAAGCUCAAGGUUGCCUUGCCUGAGGAGGAAGAAUCCGCUACGACACAAGUGGCAACGCGGCUAACUAACCGCACGAACGUCCCGAAAGGGCCCAAAAGGUUCUUGCUACCCAUCCUUAACAAAACCUUGACACCAGAAUGCGAGUUGAACAUAGCGAAAGCCCUCUUCAAAGAAUAUUUGGAGAAAAUACCAGACGCCGAACUUGAUUUAAACCCGGAAGAUGAGGCGCAGAACGAUAUGGAAAUGAUUAAAAUAUUCGGAACGGUCAAGGAUGUCAAUGAUUUGCUGGAUGAACAAAUGGAAUGCCACCUGAAAACGAACCACUUUGAGAGCUGGAUUAUGCUGGCCGUAUUCCGCGGACACAUCGAUGAUAUGAUGCAAUUCGCCAGUCAGCGAGACAUACUUUGCCCGUACCUGCUCAGUUUAGCGCCUUGUGUGUCGCUCAAGUAUUGGAAGGAUGCGACCCAGUUAUAUUUGGCACAGAUUGAUAGAUUGGUAGCAAAAGGAGAGGAACAUAAGCUUUCAGAGAAUAAGAACUACGGCGGGUACGUGUUCCGCAAGACGGCGACUCAGCUGGGCGCGCACGACGUGAAGGCCGCGGUGCAGACGUUAGUGGACGCUCGGCUCUUCCAGGAAGCUUAUAUCUUGUGCCGGAUCAGGUACAUGGAUAGCAUUGCCCAAGAGACACUUUGGAAAUGGGCGCGCGACAACUUGCAUGACGGACUCUACAUUCGAGCUGCUAUAUGCUACGUAGCUCUCGGAGAAAUAGCGCAAGCGUCAGCAAUGCUCGGGAAAAUGAAUGACGAGGGCAGUCUCAACCUCGCAGCUAGUAUGGCCAAAGUCGUGGGCCAAAACUUGCUAGCUGAUCACAUCGCCGAAAAAAGAGAGAAUAUAAAAAGCACAGCUGAAACUGAGGACACUGAAGAGAUACUGGAACAGUUGCCAUCUAGGAUUGAGCUGCUUAUGAAAAAAUCCGACAGUGAAAUCAAUGGGGGACCAAAAAUGAAUGGAGACAGUAACGUGACCAACGGACACUGUUCUGGGUUAAACGGAGGUGCUGUAGCCAACGGUCACAGUGCUGUGGCUAAUGGUGGUGCUUAUGUGGCCAACGGUGAUGGUGCGUUGGCGCCAAGUCCCUUGAGCGUGAUGGUGGAAGGCAAGCAGAUGGAGGUGAGCUUCGUGCGUUGGCUGCCGCACGCAAUGGUGUGCGGCAGCAACGCGGGAUGCGUCGCCGUGCUGUCUCCGCGCGCGCCUUAUGACGUGCAAGCCGCACACCUGGCGUUCAGUAAAAUGAUACACACUGUGGACUGGCAUCCACAUCAGACAUCGAACUCGAGUGAAGAUUCUCCUUACAAAAAUCUGAUUGCAGUGUGUUCUGUGGAGAAACACGGCAAAAUUGUUAUCUUGGAAUACACAGAUAAAGAAGAUGGCGGUAAACAGCUGCAGACUUAUAAAACGUUGGAGGGCCACAAAAUGCCAGUGUUGCAAAUUAUGUGGAACCCGCAUGUGGAAGCUCGAUUACUAUCCACUUGUCAAGACGGCACAGUGAGGGUAUGGGACGUGGUCACCGCCGCCUGCGUAUCGAUAUUCGAGGGCCACACCGCCAACACGCUGGGCGCAUGUUGGUCCGCCUUCCCACAACUGCCGACACUAGUGAUGUCCGGCGGCGGCGAUUGUACACUGCGCGUCUGGGACGCUGCCGACUACCCGGCGGAAGAGUACAAGGGUCAUAACCUCGAAUUGAUACCCAAAAAGAUCAACAAUAAAAGUAGCAAAAAUAAGAAAGAAAAACUCAAGGUUGCCUUGCCUGAGGAGGAAGAAUCCACUACGACACAAGUGGCAACGCGGCUAACUAACCGCACGAACGUCCCGAAAGGGCCCAAAAGGUUCUUGCUACCCAUCCUGAACAAAACAUUGACACCAGAAUGCGAGUUGAACAUAGCGAAAGCCCUCUUCAAAGAAUAUUUGGAGAAAAUACCAGACGCCGAAGUUGAUUUAAACCCGGAAGAUGAGGCGCAGAACGAUAUGGAAAUGCUUAAAAUAUUCGGAACGGUCAAGGAUGUCAAUGAUUUGCUGGACGAACAAAUGGAAUGCCACCUGAAAACGAACCACUUUGAGAGCUGGAUUAUGCUGGCCGUAUUCCGCGGACACAUCGAUGAUAUGAUGCAAUUCGCCAGUCAGCGAGACAUACUUUGCCCGUACCUGCUAAGUUUAGCGCCUUGUGUGUCGCUCAAGUAUUGGAAGGACGCGACCCAGUUAUAUUUGGCACAGAUUGAUAGAUUGGUAGCAAAAGGAGAGGAACAUAAGCUUUCAGAGAAUAAGAACUACGGCGGGUACGUGUUCCGCAAGACGGCGACUCAGCUGGGCGCGCACGACGUGAAGGCCGCGGUGCAGACGUUAGUGGACGCGCGGCUCUUCCAGGAAGCGUAUAUCUUGUGCCGGAUCAGGUACAUGGACAGUAUUGCUCAGGAGACGCUUUGGAAAUGGGCACGCGACAACUUGCAUGACGGACUCUACAUUCGAGCUGCUAUAUGCUACGUAGCUCUCGGAGAAAUAGCGCAAGCGUCAGCAAUGCUCGGGAAAAUGAAUGACGAGGGCAGUCUCAACCUCGCAGCUAGUAUGGCCAAAGUCGUGGGCCAGAACUUGCUCGCUGACCACAUCGCCGAAAAAAGAGAGAAUAUAAAAAGCACGGCUGAAACUGAGGACACUGAAGAGAUACUGGAACAGUUGCCAUCUAGAAUUGAGCUGCUUAUGAAAAAAUCCGACAGUGAAAUCAAUGGGGGACCAAAAAUUAAUGGAGACAGUAACGUGACCAACGGACACUGUUCUGGGUUAAACGGAGGUGCUGUAGCCAACGGUCACAGUGCUGUGGCUAAUGGUGGUGCUUAUGUGGCCAACGGUGAUGGUGCGGUGGCCACUGCAAGCCAGGAAACCAAAGAGUGAGAUUUUAGAGUUAGUUCCUUUGUCAAAUCGAGUGCCAACAGUAUUUAAUACUAAUCAUAAUGCAUUUAUUUAUUCGUGUGGGUUUUAAUCUGUGUUACUAUCAUGUAAGCCUCGUAUUUGAUACUUGUAGCUGUAAGCUAAUGAAGUACCAAUUUGAUAUCCGCCUCCUAUUUCUCUCACUACCCUACAGGGAUACUUAGUCAGGUUAGGGUACCUACUGAUAAUUUACUUUUGUUGUUCAUUUUGAAUCUCAAUUAUGUUGAUGAAUCAAUGUGAAUUAAUUUUAGCCUCCUUUUCACUUUGUUAUUUUAUGUAUUUGUAAGUAAAAUAUGUGAUAGUUAUGAUUACACAUUUCCGAUUUUAAAAUUCUUCUCAAAGGAGCUUUGUUUUUUAGUUUUUAAGAAUUAUGUGUAUAUCUAUGCGAGGUAUCAUUAAAUGUUG